UUCAAGGAGGAGGAACAUGGAAGGAUACUUUGCCGGAGUGGCCGCGGACGGUCACGUCGUCAAAACUCAAAGGCUCAACAUCAUUUACUUUCUUAGUCGAGAUAGUCAUAUCGAACACCCUCAUCUUAUUCGUGUCCAUCACUUCUACCGCAAUGCCAUCCAUCUUUUUGAUGUUAAAAAAUGGUUGGCGGAAUUGAGAGGAAGAGAGAUGCCGGGAUCGUAUUCUUGGUCGUAUAAAAGGAGGUACAAAAGUGGAUAUGUAUGGCAGGACUUAUUAAAGGAUGAAGAUAUCAUCACACCAGUGUCAAACAAUGAGUACGUGCUCAAAGGGUCACUCAUUCAAAAGGAUGUGCAAAAGACACCUUUACAAUUAAUUUCAACGACAACAACAAUAACAAGUCAAGAGAUGAUGCAAAUGGAGCAAGAAGAAAUGGUGUCGCCGGAGGUGCUGCCGGAGGUGGAGGAGUCACCGGAAUGCAACAUUUCACCGAAAAAUGAGUUGAUCCGCACAAGGAAUGAAACGGUGAAAGAGUUGGCGAGUAAAAAAGAGAGAAAAGAGAAAGAGGAGUCAUUUCUCCGAAAAAACAACUCAGGGAGGAAGAUUCUUGAAAAACUCCUCUCUUGUCGGGAAGUCAAAACUGAUGUAGCUGCACAAAAACCUACUUAUCAACAUGCAAGGCAAAGUUGGACAAGCUAUAAUGGCAGGGGAGAAGAGAAGGUGGCACCCUCAAGCUACAAGCCAAUGACUGAGCCUAAUUGUUCAUGCAGGCAAUGUGGGAAAACAUUCAAGCCAGAGAAAUUACACUCACAUAUGAAAUCAUGCAAAGCUUUCAAAGCUCACAGGAAAAGCACUGGCAACAUUGACAAGCUAAUCUUCAAAACAACAACAGCAACAACAACAACAACAGAUACACAUUCAUCACAACAUACUCAUGAAACACAAGAACCACCACCUCAUGCAAUGCUUUCCCAUUCCCAUUUGAUUUCACAAUCUACACUUGUUUAAAUUUUUCGAAGACUACUUCAUCUUCGCUUUUCGCGGCAGUAUAUACUACAAACCAU